UUGCCAGAGUAUAAAAGCUUGGGUUGAGCGUUGAAGGGACCAGCACGAGCUAGCCUCCCUCAUACGGCACUGCAAGCUAUACUGACGCAGACUCUCCUGAAGCCCCUCACCAUGUCUCAGACUGCCAAGUCCGCCUCCAGCCAGGGCACUGAUGCCAAGGACAAGGGAGCCCCAGCUCCAGCUGCCUCCAGCAAGGCCACCAAGACCGGCGAGCCUGGCAUGGGAUCCUUCAGAAUCAUGCUGUUCGACCAGGAGAACUUCCAGGGCAGGAUGAUCGAGGUCCAGAAUGAGUGUAUGAACGUGUGUGACCGUGGCAUGGAUAGAGUGCGUAGUAUCAUUGUGGAGUGUGGCCCCUUUGUUGCCUUUGAGCAGACUAACUUCCGUGGGGAGAUGUUCAUCCUGGAGAAGGGAGAGUAUCCUCGCUGGGAUACCUGGAGCAACUCCUACCGCAGCGACUGCCUCAUGUCCCUCAGGCCCAUCCGAAUGGACAGCAUGGAGCACAAGAUCUGCCUGUAUGAGCUCUCUGACUUCAAGGGCAACAAGAUGGAGAUCCAGGAGGACGAUGUGCCCACACUCUGGGCGCAUGGCUUCUGCGACAGAGUGGGCAGCGUGAGGGUGCCAGGAGGAGCGUGGGUGGGUUACCAGUACCCUGGAUACAGAGGCUACCAGUACCUGUUUGAGUGCGGUGACUACAGACACUACAAUGACUUCUGCGCCUUCCAGCCCCAGAUCCAGUCCAUGCGCCGCAUCAGGGACAUGCAGUUCCACCAGAGAGGAUGCUUCACCUUCACCUCCGCCAGCAAGUGAAUGACAUCUGCUGGCUGCCCGGUGCUGUUGCAGCCAUGCAGCCCUCUCAGCUUUUUAUCUCUCCAAACAAGCCCUUUCUCCAGUCUCCAGUGCUUUCCUUUAUCUCCACAUCAUCGCUCCAUCCCAGAGGAAAGACAGAAUGAGAGCAAACACACUGGACAACAUUAAGUGACUUUUUAUGGUGCUAAAAAUAAACAUGUUGUGAAAAACCUAA